AUGUACUGGUCUAAUGACAGCGAUAUUUCUAUUCCAAUAAUCCGGGAUACAAUGACCCAAUUACAAUUUCGAAAUUUGAAAUAUAAUAUCCAUUUGGCAGACAAUACUAAAAUAGAUAUACAUGAUAGAUUUUAUAAAGUUAGGCCUUACAUUAAUAUAUUGAAUAAUAAAUUUCAGCAAUUCGGAAUUUUUAAACAUCAUUUAUCAAUAGAUGAACAGAUGAUACCAUAUCGAGGAAGACAUUCUUGCAAAAUGUUCAUAAAAGGAAAACCAAUUAGAUUCGGAUACAAGUCUUGGAUAUUGGCCUCUUCCGACGGUUACGUAUUCUCAUUUGAUAUAUAUCAAGGAAAAAGCGAAAAUAAAUAUGAAUAUGGAUUAGGUGGAAAUGUAAUCAUAAAAUUAUUAAAGGCAUUGCAAAAACCAAAUUAUCAUAAAAUAUAUUUUGAUAAUUUCUUUAUAUCAUUUAAACUCUUGUCAUACUUAAAACAAAUGGGAUAUUUUGCAACUGGAACUGUGAGGGACAAUAGAAUAGAGCAUUGCCCAGUUGAAUCUAUAAAGGUUGUAGCAAAAAAAGAAAGAGGAUAUUAUGAUUAUAGGUUUGAAAAAUUAAACGAAAUAUUUGUAGUUCGUUGGAAUGAUAAUUCGGUGGUGACCGUUGCAUCGACAUGCCACACUAUCUCUUUGCUUUCUAAUGUUUCAAGGUAUUCUAAGAAAAUAUCUUCUAAAAUAAAAAUUCCUCAGCCAAAUAUGGUAACUGCUUAUAACAAACACAUGGGUGGAGUUGAUCUAUGUGAUAAUCUAAAUAUCUACAUAUAG